UGCAAUCAGUUUUUAAUUGAGCUUCAACCAUGGCACACUGGACCCUUGCCGUUCUUCUCACGAUCUCCGUUCUUCUGGGCCUUAGCCAAGCCUAUUCAAGUUGCGAUGCAGAUGGAAACUCUCUCUGUGUAAAAUCAGAAAAUUGUAAGCCGGGUACCUAUAACUCAUUCGAGUCGGGAUGCGUGCCCGGUGCAGUUUGCUGCACUUAUGAAAACAUAAAUAUACCCUGUGGUGUGCAAAAACAAGACAAAUGUGUCAUUAAGGGCAGAUGCACAUUGCCUUUCAAUUAUCGCUCAGGCGAAGAUUGUCCGCAAGAUUUUGAGUGCUGCCAAAUUACAAAAAAAAUUCCCCUCACCAUUAAAGGCGAACGAUUAUAAAUAAUUGAUCAACAAGAAAUACAAAAAGAGCGUUAAUUAAAAAAACUUUUGAAGUUAUUUAUUCUUAUUAUGUUUAUAAAUUUAUUGUUCG